AGUUAUUUGUUUCGUGAGUUUAAUUUGUGAAUUUGUGUCCACUAGCACUUUACAUGGAAAUCCUGGUAGAAAUCAAAUACGCAAAAUAGAUUCAAGAUUAGAUAGUAGUAACAAAUGGCCCAAUACGAAAGACUGGUGGGAAACCGCUUCGUUUUACCAGAUUUACCCUAGAUCGUAUAAAGAUUCAGACGGCGACGGAAUUGGAGAUUUGCAAGGAAUAAUAUCUCGGCUGGAUCAUUUGGUUGACAUAGGAAUCCAGGCGACAUGGCUCUCACCCAUUUUCACGUCACCCAUGGUGGAUUUCGGAUACGACAUUUCAAACUUCUACGACAUUCAGCCGGAGUACGGGACUAUGAAGGAUUUAGAGGAAUUAAUAGCGAAAGCCAAAUCCCUAGGAUUAAAAUUAAUUUUGGACUUCGUCCCAAACCAUUCGAGUGAUGAAUGCGAGUGGUUCAAAAAAUCCGCCGAGCGCGAUCCGGAUUAUGAUGAUUACUACAUUUGGCACCCCGGAAAACCCAAUCCGGAUGGAGGACGCAAUUUGCCACCCACUAAUUGGGUCAGUGUUUUUUAUGGAUCAGCAUGGACGUAUCAUCCAGUAAGACAGGAAUAUUAUUUACAUCAAUUUACUAAACAGCAGCCUGACUUUAAUUACCGAAGUGAAAAACUCAGAAACCAAAUGAAGGAUGUUCUCCGAUUUUGGCUCGACAAAGGUGUAGAUGGUUUCCGAGUCGAUGCCAUCCCCCACCUGGUGGAAGGGCAAGACAGUAAUGGGGAAUUUGUGGAUGAACCUGUGGUGGGUCAAGAUCCCCUUGAUUACGGAUACACCCUUAAGACCCAGACCAAAGACCAUCCGAUGACAUACACAAUGGUUUACGAGUGGCGAGAAGUACUGGAUCAACAUCAGAAGGAACAUGGAGGUGACACGAGAGUAAUGAUGACGGAAGCUUAUACAGACGUAGAUCAUACUAUGGAGUACUUUGGUAAUGGAUCUCAAAUUGGAGCACAUAUACCUUUCAAUUUCUUCCUGAUCAGCGAUCUAAAAUUGGAAUCUAAUGCCAGGGAUUUUAAGACAAGCAUUGACAAAUGGCUGGAUAAUCUUCCUUCAGGAAAAACUUCGAACUGGGUACUGGGAAACCACGAUCAGAAACGUCUAGCGUCACGCUUGGGAGAAGAAAGAUUAGAUGGAAUUAAUAUGAUGUUAAAAUUACUUCCCGGAGCUUCGGUGACUUAUCAGGGGGAAGAGCUGGGUUUGACAGACGUCUUCCUGACAUGGGAACAAACCAAAGAUCCGCAAGCGUGCAAUGCGGGCAAAGAUCAUUAUCUCGAGAAAUCGCGAGAUCCCGCAAGAACGCCGAUGCAGUGGGACGCGACUGUCAGUUCGGGUUUCUCUACAAGCGAGAACACAUGGUUGCCUUUGGCCCCGGACUACAAAGACAACAAUUUAGAGAAACAAAAGGCGAGCGUUAAAAGUCAUUACAAGGUGUACAAGGCGCUGUCUCCUCUCAGACAACUAGAAGUCGUUAAAUAUGGAUCUUAUGACUUAAAAGUACUCAAUGAGAACGUGCUUGCAUUUACAAGAAAUCUCUACGGAUACAAUAGUAUAGUAGUCGUUCUCAACUUUGGACCAAAACCAGAGAAUGUUCCAUUAAGAUCAUAUUUCGCCAAUCUAUCAGAACGAAGCAAAGUUAAAUUGAGCAGCAUCAAUUCAGAACGAAAUAUUGGUGAUACUGUUAUGACCGAAGAUGUUGCACUGAGUAGCUAUGAAGCGCUUGUUUUAGAAGAUUGGCCAAUUUACUAAUUGCUAAUAACGGUUUAAAUUAAACGUUGCUGAAAGCAUAUAAUAAUGCAAACUAAUUGAUGCACUGCAUAUCACAAAUUAUUGAAAACCAAUUCAACAAAACAUCAGCAA